UUCAUCCCAUUUGCUGCGGAAAGACGAUUUAAUCUUACUUCCGGUUAACUUGAGAAGACGAAUUUCCUUUACAAGUUUGCUGUAAAACAUACUUUGCAUAUUCUGUAUGCUGAACAAAUUACAAGAAUGGCGGAGCCAGAUGAAGGUCUAAAAAACAAAGCGGAUAGUGAAUCUGAGGACGAAAGUGAGGUUUUAGAAGAAAGUCCCUGUGGAAGGUGGCAGAAAAGACGCGAAGAGGUGGAACAGCGAGAUGUGCCGGGUAUUGACAAUGCAUUCCUGGCUAUGGACACAGAAGAAGGAGUCGAGGUGGUAUGGAAUGAAGUGCAGUUUUCUGGGAACAGAAAUCUAAAAGAACAACAAACUACAGGUACCACAACUGGUGCCAGACGAAAGUCUUCCAUUCAGAAUGAACUCCUGUUGAACGAAAAGAUAAGACGAGUAUUCAACAGUCUGAUUCAACUGGACCACCCAAAUAUCGUGAAAUUCCACAAGUACUGGACAGAUACCAAAGAUGGUCGCCCACGGGUCAUAUUCAUUACAGAAUAUAUGUCAUCAGGUUCUCUGAAACAGUUCUUAAAAAGAACAAAGAAAAACAACAAAACAUUCCAGCUCAAGGCCUGGAAGAGAUGGUGCACGCAGAUCUUAUCAGCUCUUAGUUACCUCCACUCCUGUGAUAUUAUACAUGGCAAUUUGACUUGUGAUACAAUAUUCAUACAACAUAAUGGUCUUAUCAAAAUUGGAUCGGUGGCCCCUGAUGCAAUGCACAUUGUGAAGACAUACAGGAAAGACAUCAAAAACAUGCAUUGUGUGGCUCCAGAGUAUGAAGAUCCAUCCCGAUGCACCACUGCCAUAGAUAUCUAUUCGUUUGGAAUGUGUGCUUUAGAGAUUGCAGCACUAGGGUUUCAAGGCAAUGGUGGAGAAGGUGGUGGUACCAAUCAUGUCACAGAGGAGGCCAUAGAAAAAACACUGGCAUCGCUAGAGAACCCCCUCCAAAAAGACUUCAUUGCCAAAUGCAUUCAGAAGGAUCCCAAGAAACGACCCCAGGCCAGAGAGCUGCUCUUCCAUGAAAUCCUCUUUGAAGUCCAUUCUCUGGUGCUGUUGUCAGCUCAUACUAUUGUGCAUUCAGCAAAUUUACCUGAAAAUCUAACGGACCAAGCCAACAAAUUCAAGUUGGAGCCCAAUCAAGUGAUUGCAGAGAUUACACACCCUGAGGGGAGAGAGGGAGUGCUGUGGAGAGUGUCACAGUCUCCUCCACUAGAGAGGGAAAAAUUGUUAGAGGAUGUUAGAAAUGGUAUCUUUCCACUAACUGCCUUCAACAUACCCACACCCCCUCCAAAACCAAGGGCCAAAACUCCAGAGGUUGAGGAGAUGUCCAAGUCUGAGGACCCAGAACCUGUGGAUGUGGAGAACCGCCUAGUCAUGCAGUCCUCUUGUGCAGUGAAGAGAACAGACGAACUGGGAAAAUAUAACCUGACUCUGCAACUGAAGAUGGAUGACAAAAUGAACAGACAGUUGACAGCCGAGUUCAACAACGAGGAUACAUCAGAGAAUUUGGCUCAAGAACUAGUGCAUUACGGGUUUAUCAAUAAGAGUGAUCUUGACAGCAUAACAAGACUGAUUGAGGAUUCCAUUCGACCCACCAUAAUAGAAAAUGGUUUCCCAGAAAGUGUUGCAACAGCUUAAUGUCUUCCUCAUGCAAUGUUGACAGUUUAUCAGCCUAUCUAAACUCUCAUAAGCAUUAUGGCCAUAUAAUGUUGACAGUUUAUCAGCCUAUCUAAACUCUGAUAAGCAUUGUGGCCAUAUAAUUUGUUUCCCUUUUCCCAAGAGAAAUAGCUUACAGCCCAAGGAAGGAAAGGUAGUGUUAGGGAGUCAUUGAGAGCAAUGAUUCCUCCAGCACUGUGAUCUUGACUAUGUCAGUAGACAGAACUUAUGGCUUACCCUGUAGAUGAGCAGUCAGUCAGUCUAUACUACCUUAUAUUAAGGUAAACAUUACAUGGUGCACACAGUCUCUAUGUUGUAGAUGAACCACUGUUCUAAUAGCUCAAAGCUCAAGAUACUAAAAGACCUACCAACUUCAUCAAGAUUCCACGAUGUAAAAAACAGUAGUAUGGAACAUAGUAGCUAUUCACUUCAAGUAUUGAAAGAUUUCAAAAUGUUAACUGUGUAUAAUAGAAUUCAAAAUUUUGGAUUAAAACUUUCAAUAAUUUUUAAUGUUGAUUGUGGUUAAGCUAAACUGAAUAAUACAAAUUUUACUGAUGGAUGGUUUUAAUUUUAAUGAGAAAUACAUGUCUUAUGAGAUCAUUGAUAAUUUCUUCAAUUUAGAUUUUACUCAACACUUCGGUGUAUAAAUAGUUUUGCAUGUACAAUGUUAAUAUUUUUUGUGCGACAUUUCAAGAAUUAUCUUACACAAAAUGUGUUGAUAAGAGAAAUUGAAUACUUAUGUAUGAACAAUUACAGUAGAUACCUGGUAUUGUUGAAGAAAAUUUUUCAUGUCUAAAUUUACUAAGAAUUUCAUUUUCUUCAUUUUUUUUAUUUGUAUAAUUGGUUAAAAAGAUAAAAUACCCCGGUAGAUGAUAAUGGGCAUUAAAAUGAGUACAUGUACAUUAUCUUUUUAUAGAAUUUCCACUCUUAAAUGUGAAUGCAAUUAUGUAUUAAUUUAUACAAGUUUUUAACUUUGGGACAAAUUGAACACCAAUUUAUUGUCUUUGGAAGUUUACUGUAAAUGUGAUUGCAGGGGAUGGGGUAUAAAUGUGGUGAAUCUGUUGUUAAGGACUAGGAAAUUGUAAGAAAUACAAUUGAACUUUAUAGGUAUCCAAAACAUCGAGAUCUCGAAUACCAUUGGUAUGUCGAAGUGAGUUGGAAGUCCCAAAUACAUUUUCUUUAUGUAUUUUAACCUCAAUAUCUCAAACUCUCAGAUAUCAUUUUAAAAAAAUUCAUGGACUCUAUCGAGUUUGAGAUAAUGAGGUUUGAUUGUAUGCUAUAAGAAAUGGUUACUGUUCACGGGGGAUUAAUGUUUGUGGAUCACCUUUGCCCAUGAAUUUACACACUCUUGAACAUUGAUACACAAUUGUAAGUUAUUUUUCUUUAUAUUAGAAUUGUGUAUCGAUAAAGUAUAUGAAGAAUAUUCAUUAUCAUUGUAACUUUUAUACAAUGUAAAUACUUCCAGUGUCACAUUAUGAUUGCACGGUCACAAUUAUAAUCAAAUAGUCAAUGCAAUGGAAACCAGCUUUAGUAGGCAUCAAUGUACCAUUAACCACUCUUAGUUAAGAGGGAUUGGUUUUAGGCUUGAAGUUACCUGUGAAAUUACAUCCCCACAAGCAGUAAAAUUUUGUUUACCCACUAGCAUUAACCCCGUGAACAAUGAUGAUUCCAAAGUGUAAAGAAUAUAUUAUAGGAAAUUAUUAAAGAAUAGUCACAAUACUCUAGACUGCAAAUUUUCCUUAUGCCGAAGUUUUUCUACUUUACAGGACAUGUAACAAAAUGCAAAAUAUCAGUACACAUUUCCCUUUCUUUUUUCACAUACUUAACAGCAAGAAUUCAUUUUGUAAAAUAAUACUAACUUCAUUUUAUUCUUUGAACUUCAAUCAGGGUGAUUAUACCAAUCCUAGGUUAUUUUCUUGGAAUAGUUUUGUAUCGCAUUUAUUUAGUUGGCAUCAUUCCAAGUCAAUCUAGUAUACCGGUGUUAACUAGUGUGCUUAUUUUAUAGUUUGAAAUCUGGCCUGCAGUUUUUGUUGAACUUGAGAUGUGUUGGUAUUGAACUAGAGAGAUUUUGUGAUUGCAGUGAAUUUUUCCCAUUUCCUUACCAAAAGAAUUUGGAAGCACUUAUUAAGGAUAAUCUAAACGUGACCAUAUAAACAACUAGUAAUCAAUUCAAUUCUUUAUUGGCACUCAAACACAUGCAAGUGCUGUUAGCCCUGAAUUAUAGUAAGAGACAUAAUGAUAUAUUUGUAAAUUUAGUAUAUUGCAGUGGUAUGUAUAAAACGAAGAUAAAUAAUUAUUUACUUACUCAGUAUGCAGGUAUGUUCAGAAUAUUGUGAGUACGACGGAUCUUGUUCUAGUUCACCUUGAUGAAAUCUAUGAGAAUUUAUGCUAUUCAGUCAAUUCUCAAAUAAUUGCCUCUUGAUUAUCACCAUUCUCACAAUUAUGCCUCGUUCUUCAGGAAUAUUUUUUUUAUCAUCUGUCACCCUGUUUUCAUAAAAUUUCAGUUAUUUCAAAACACUACCACUACAGUUUGAUGGGUUAAUUGCUUGUCUCAGAUUGUCAGUGAAAGGAGUAGUUUAAGUUGGGUUUUUUUAUACCCUUUAGGUAAAUUAACAAGAAAAUGAUUUUUAAAAUAUGAACUGCUGUUCCAUUUUCUGUUCAUAAGAAAUUGCAUGAUCAGCCAUGACAGUGCCAUGAAAGCAUUCAUUUUACCCUUAAGACAUUUUGCACCAGAAAUGUGCUUAUUAUUUACUGACUCUUUUCUCUUCUAUUUCUAUUGAAAUUGACAUUGCUUUCAUCUGCAACAAUGAAUGCAUGUUUGCUGCAAACUAAUUCAAUCAGUUCUUACUACCACCUAUCUGUGUAAUCAUUACCAAAUAUGGAGAGUCAUCAAGGUUAAAGGGUUCAUUGACUGUUCCGUUUAAGGUGAUGAAUGGGUCAACCAUAUGCUAUUUUAGUACUUAAAUCUAGUUUAUAUUUAAAAAAAAAAAAAAUACAUGAAAAUAUAGAUAUAAACAAUAGAAAGUCUUUGUUGUUUCGUCGGGUAAUGAAGGUAGCAAGCAUUGCAGAAAAAAAAUUGCAUGACCCGCUUAUGCACAAGUCCUGAAAUAUCAGGAAACUACAUUAGAGUCAGAUUUGCAUUGGUGUGAAUGCUUGUAUUCAUGCUUCCAAUGCUGUAUGUGACUCCACAGGGCUAAGCCCGUUUUGGGCCUGAACUCUGAAAAUUCAUGGUAUCACAGAGUUCGGGCCCAAAACGGACUUAGCCCUGUGUGUGAUUCAAGAUGGCAGGUAUGUGAUUUUUUAUCUGUAAUGAACAAAUUUUAGUAUAUCGAUUAAAAUAAUUAAAACAUUGUUUAUAAGACUUCAACCCACCCCCACCCCCUUUUGCAGAUGACAUCAAGGUGAACCAUGUAAUCUUUGUAACACUCUGAAUAUUCACCAUGUGAACUGAGUGAUAGACGUUCAAGUUUUUAAUAUUUGUGUACAUUUCAAUCGGAGAAAUCUACUUGUUCUGAAACUUUUCUUGACCAAUUUUGAAAUUUUUGAUGCCACGUUUUGUUUUGUUAUGCUUUGUUGUUACAUGUGCAAUGAUUUACAGGUAUUUAAUUUACAGUGAUUAAAAUAUUGAGUAACAGACAA